AGCCCUCGUGCAUCGAAGCCAACCAAAUCCCGAUCUCGGAUCCGACCCGUUACUGUUCCAUAUCGGAAACUGGAUCCUUUUCCACCCUUUUCCGGCCGUGGUACCCGAUAACGCCAGCAAGAUCCGAAUCCGAACCCGGACUCCGGCCCGAGAUCUCGUCACCGCUCCCCUUAUUUAAACUCAUCUUCUCCAGUUCUCCCCCACCCUCUCCUUAUUCACCCUUCCCAAUGUCUUCGCUCACCGACGGUGACCGUAUGCACGUUCUCGCCGUCGAUGAUAGCUCCGUUGACCGCGCCGUUAUCUCCACUCUUCUCCGCAGCUCCAAACACCGAGUUACUGCUGUUGAUAGCGGCAAACGAGCUUUGGAGCUGUUGGAUUUGGAACCAAAUGUGAAUAUGAUAAUCACUGACUAUUGGAUGCCGGAUAUGACCGGUUUCGAACUCCUGAAGAAAGUCAAGGGAUCAACGGAGUACAGACAGAUCCCGGUGGUGAUCAUGUCCUCUGAGAACAUCCCGACAAGGAUCACCAAGUGUUUGGAGGAGGGAGCGGAGGAUUUCUUACUGAAGCCAGUGCGUUCAUCAGACGUUCAGAGGGUGUGUAGCCGUAUGAUGACGAGAUGAUGGCCGUUGGAUCAAAUGCCAACGGCUCUGAUUGAUUUCACUAAUAUUAUUAGAGAGAGAGAGAGAGAAAGGGAGGUGGCUAGAGAGAGAAAAGGUGGCAUUAUUGUACUGCAUGUGUUUGCUACACUGAGUUUAAUUGGAAGAAUAUUUUGAUUAUUAUGUUACUU